GUAUUUUCAUCUCCUUCCUUCUCUCCCUCCCUCCCUCCGUUUCCAUGGCGGUAUCUUAUGGUAUUAGGGUUUUGGAUUCUCUAAUUCUUCCAAAACCCUAACAUCAUCUUUUGUGACUGUUAAACCUCUCUUACAACUAUUCGUCUUCAUCCUCCUCCUGGGUUCGACAAUUCCCAGUUAUAUUUUUCGGAUUUCACUCAAUUAGAAAGCUUCUGGGUAUUGAUUUGAUUCACACGAAGAUUUUUGGGGAUAAGGGCAAUGGUAGAAGCCGAAGAGAAAUCUGAUAAUAAGUUUGAAGACAUUAAAGCUAUUAAGCGUCGUCGUGUGAGAAGCUCAGAUAUUGUUGACUCUAUCGUCUCAGAUAAACAAAAGUUCAAGAGAGUUCAUCUCUGUAGGGCGAAACCAUCUUAUCUUCUGAGCCUUGGACCAAAAGCAAGUAGAAGCGAGUAUCUCAAUAGAUUACCAGGGAUCCUUCGUGAGCUACUUCGUAGGAGAAACUGGAGUGAUGCAAGUCGUGUGCUUUCCGUUCUGAUGAAAGGCACUAUUAAAGAUCCUUGUCCGAAGAUGAACCGUCUUAAAUACGAGGCUCAUAUACAAAUUGUGAAUCACUCGGAUACUAAAAAAAACAAAGCCGAUGAGAUUGGAAGAAUAUAUGAUACUUGGAUUGGGCAGAUUGGUAAACAACAUAAAGAGGAGAGGCUCUUGGUUUGGUACGAGCAGAUUUGUCAUUUUAUUGAGCAUGAUAUGAACACUGAUGCCAAUAGUGCUGCAAUCAGUUUGAUGCAGAACCGUGAUUUCGGAAUGCUUCCACGGGCCAAUCUUUUUAUAGGAAUCACAUUCUACAAAAUGUGGUGUAGUAAAUUUUUGAAGGAGUUACAGCCUGAAGAGGUAGAUGACAACGAAAGCGUAUCCAAUAUGUCGGAAACAAGAUCUGGUAGUCUGGUUGAGGGUUCAGGUAGGGAUGAGUCGGUUUGCUCUGCGGCGUCUGAGGUUUCUGCUAGAAACGAUUCAGAGACUUCCGUCAUGUAUUGUAAAAAAGAUUCCCAUUUGUCCAUUAGUGACUCAGGAACAAAAAUGGAUACCAAGGUAAAAGUAAAGAGUACUCCGCAUGUUACCACUUCACCACAACUCUAUGCAAACUCUGAAGAAAACGAAGGCUCUUUGCGAGAUGGAGCUGAAUUUGAUCCCACCGUUAUUAAUAUUCUUGGCGACAUGGAUCCAUGGUUGCUUCCCUUAAAACCGCCAGAAGAUCCUGAUUGCUACAUAAAGAUUGUCAAUGAUACUUAUUAUAAGGAAGCUGUCAAAUAUAUGCGGCAAACUCUUCAGUCCCCGCCUCAUGUAUCUUUGGCUGCAUUACAUCCACUUGUACAUCUUCUGUUAUUUGUGUUGGGAUUUAUGAGACAAAGCUCACAAGAGAGGGUAGACAAACACUUGGUGAAUGAAUCCCCCUUUACCCACAACAAACUAACUCAUUCUCAAGGGGGAGGAGAGAACAUCAACUUGUGAUGAACUCCCCAUAAACAAGCUAGAUAGAACCCAAAUACUAGAGAGUAAGCGGAUCCUAACUAGGAGAAGCACUAGUUUGAGACUUAUCCUCUUCUAGUAUCACAACACUUAGAGUUUGUGUACUUAGGAGAAGGAGGAUUAAGAAUCAGUAAUCUAGGCUAAGUAAAGCAGUAAAUAAGAAGAGUUUAGGUGGAUUUGAGAAGAGAAUAGGCUGCCUUAAGGGCAGCCCCUAACCGCUAAUCCUAAACUCUCUACAUUGUUAAUAUGAAACAAGAACACAAGUAUAGAGAGGAAAUCGGUUUCUCUUCUAUUGAAUAAUAUUGUGAUGUGUUACAUAUGAGAGAAUUACAGCUUAAUAUAGAGAAAACAAAGGCAUAGAGCCGUUAGGCACACAAGGGAUUCAAAGGAGAGAUGAAAGGGACAGCUCCUUGUCUUUGGUUGACUCGCUAUGCUUCCCAACCAAAGCUACACGUGAUCUCCU